UUGUUUUAUCUACAUCAGAACGGCCAUUUUUUUCAGGUACAUUUCCCGCCAACAAGCCGUAAGCCGUCUUAUAUUCGGAGGCGUCGCGAUACAACGUAUGUAUGCAAAGUGUACAUCAUCGGCGGCAACAUGUAUGUCAAAGUGAGGUCAAUGGAUGGGAAAAAGGAGGCAAUUAUAAUGAUCUCCAAGCUCACUAUGGUAGAGGAUUUAAAGCGUCAGAUUGAAAAAGAACUGCAUAUUGAGAUAGAUAUGCAGAGGUUAUUUUUUCGUGGCAAGCAAUUAGAAAAUGGUUACAAGCUCUAUGAUUAUAACAUUAAUUUGAAUGACGUCAUACAGCUUAUGAUAAAGAUAAAGAUAGAUAAUACACAGAACAAAGCUACCUCUAGUAAUGAUAGCGAUAUAAAAAAGAAGAGGAAGAUAAGUGAAAACAAAGAAGAAGAAUUAGUAGAAGCAGAGAGUUUAUAUUAUAAAGUUGGGGAUGCGAUAGACUGCCUCGAUCAAAUACAUGGUGCCUGGUUUGAAGCUAUUAUACAAAAAAUUUUACAAAAGGGAGAGGAAAUAAUUUAUAAUGUACUGUGGGAGUUUGACGACAAAGCUUUCCCUUUUAAUGUACCUGAAACAUGUAUACGACCACGCGUUAGACAUCUUAUACCUUUUGAUGAAUUAUCUGUUGGUCAAAAGGUAAUGAUCAAUUAUAAUGUGGAUGAGCCUAAACAAGUUGGACUGUGGUAUGACUUUACAAUAUCCAAGAUAGAGAAAAAAAGAAAAUUGCAAGAAUUGACUGGAAUGUUGCACAUGGGCAGCGAUCAUCAACUUGAAAUUCAAAAAGUUAAUCCCAAAGGAGAAAUAUAUGCUAUUGAAGCAAUCAAGUUAUUGACUGAGAGAACCGCAGAAGAUGAAAGAUUUAUGAUUAGUAAUGGCAAACGCAGACGUAUCGCUGCUACCUGCACGACAUGCAUGGACAACCCACGUAAGAAGUGUCAAGAGUGUGGUUGUAAAGUAUGCGCUGGCAAGCAAGAUGAACAUAAUCUUUUACUUUGCGACGAAUGCAAUUAUGCAUAUCAUUUAGGAUGUCUGAAUCCACCGCUCGCGACAAUUCCAGACGAUGAUUAUUGGUAUUGUCCCGAAUGCAAAAAUGAUGAAAACGAAAUUGUUAAGGCAGGAGAUAAAUUGAAAGAGUCAAAGAAAAAGCCCAUUAUCCAAGACACUAAGGAACCAAAAAGGGAUUGGGGGAAAGGAAUGGCUUGCGUUGGUAGAACAAAGGUAUGCAGUAUUGUCCCUUCGAAUCAUCGUGGUCCAGUUCCAGGUAUAGAGGUUGGCAUGUGUUGGAUAUUUAGAGUGCAGGUCUCGGAAGUAGGAGUACACAGACCACACAUAGCUGGCAUUCAUGGACGAGAAACGGACUGCGCGUACUCUAUCGUUUUAUCGGGCGGUUACGAGGACGACAUUGACAAUGGUGACGAAUUUCUAUACACUGGCUCUGGUGGCAGAGAUUUAUCAGGUAACAAAAGAACUGCUGGACAAAGUAGUGACCAGACAUUAACCAGAAUGAAUAAAGCGUUGGCGAUAAAUUGUAACGCUAAAUUAAACGCGAAAGACGGCGCAACGGCCGAGAAUUGGAGAGGAGGGAUACCGGUCCGAGUCGUACGCAAUUUUAAAUUAAGGAAAUAUAGUAAAUAUGCGCCGCAGGAAGGUAACAGAUACGACGGUAUAUAUAAAGUAGUAAAGUAUUAUCCGGACACAGGUAAAAGUGGCUUUCGUGUUUGGAGAUAUGUAUUAAGGAGGGAUGAUCCUUCUCCUGCGCCUUGGACUAAAGAAGGCAAGACGAGAAUCGCUUCGCUCGGUUUAAAGCCGAUAUAUCCCGAUGGAUAUCUCGAAGCUAUGAAGAAAAGCAAUGUAACAAAUGCUAAGAAACGAUCUGCUCUCAGCAGUGAAGAAGAUACUAUGGUCUUGAAAAGAAAUAAGAGUCCACCUAAAAAAAAGCUUAAGCGGGAGAUCUAUGAUUUGGAGGACGAAUUGAAGAAUUUUAUAGAAAAUGACAAACUAAAUGUUAAAUUGUGGGCUGAAUGCACCGCAGCAUUACCUGAUGGAAAAACCACUUUCCUGCAAUUUAUUUCAGAUAGAUUCGCGUGCGCUUGUUGCCUCGAAAUAGUUUAUAAUCCUGUAACGACUCCCUGUGCACACAAUAUCUGCUUAAAGUGUUUAAAACGAAGCUUUUUUUCUGAGGUGUAUUCCUGUCCCUCGUGUCGAUAUGAUCUAGGUAAAACUUAUAAAAUGGAGAUCAAUCAGUCAUUGGCAUCUGCAUUAUUAUUGAUUUAUCCUGGUUACGACAGCGGGAGAUAGUGAAUUUUUUCGUACAAUAAUAUGCGAGUUGCUGAAUGUUGUUUAUUUAAUUUCAAAACAAAUUGUGUAAAUUAUAGAAGCCAGUGGCUAUUCAUUUGUGUUUUCGAAUUGACAGUUCAGACACAUAAAAAUUAUAUGUUAGAUAAAAAUCCUUCAUAUUGAAUUUAUUAUGGUAUCAUGUAUAGUAUAGCUAUGACAUAGCUUUUUGUGGCACAAAUUAAUCUUUGAAACAGGGACUAUAAAUACAAUGAUUAUUCGUAUAUCAGCAGAAUAAAUAUUUUAUAGAAAUAAAAAAAGAGAGAAUAAGUAAUAUUUCUGUUUAUAUUAUAAAUUUAUAUGCAGAAACUGAUAUGCCUUAUUCUAAUGAAGUCUGAAAAUUAAACCUUUAUAUUUUAUUAUAAUUGAUAAGUGACAUUGUUGCUUAAGUAUAUGUUAAUAUGUAUACGUACAAUAUAGAUCUUUUGAUUGACUGAUCAAUGAUGUUAUUUAGCAGAUGAUUAGUAUUCUAGAGCAAGGGAAGAAUUUGAAUCUUCUAAUAAGAAACUUUUCAAAUACAUUUUAUGUAUUGCCUAGACUAUUAUAUCCAGGUCAUUGUGUGGAUUGUUAUUUAUUUAUUAUAGUAGAAUAAUCUUAGAAAUGAUAAACAGUAAUGAAUUUCCUGCAUUGAAUUUAUGUAUCUUGCUUUUCCUGGAUACUUUUAUCAAGUGAUGGUACUACUUCACUGAUCCAUUUCAGAUAAUCGCCAUUCCCAUUUUGUAUCUGCAAUAGAAAAAAACAUUUAUAAACUUUUAAUAUAUUUUAUACAUUUAA